UGGGAUUUCAAAUAAACAAGUACACUGACCUAUACAUCCUGGUGGUGUUGAAAAAUUGAAAAGCAAAGUUCAGAUGGCUCUUGAUUCACGAGGAAGUUAGUUAGCCUGAGAAAGGGAGAUAUCGAAGGAUCGAUGAAGACUCAAGGAAAAUGAAUUGAAGGAGCUAUUGAAGAAAUGUAUCUUGGAAUACGACUACAUCAGAGAGUACUUGGUAAUUACUGGACAAGAGAAAUCCCUUGUUUGGUUGGUCGAUCAGAGAAGUGGGUGUUUUAUAAUCCGGAUAUAGAUGAAGAUGAAAGAAGAAGGUCAAGUGUUUUUGGACGUGAGAUUAAGACGAGUAGGCAAUAGUACACUAGAGCGUCUGAAUAAGGAGUGGAUGCAGUACCGUUAUGAUUGCACAGGACGCCCGGUGACUGUACUACGUUUAUGCUACUCUCGUCCAGCCUACUGUUAUAAUAAUAAUCGUGGUAGGAAGAGCAGAGAUAAGAAGAUGCGGAAUGCAAGAUGCUCAGGUUGCUCCUUUUGGUGCUUCUUUACAAAAGAUUGAUGUAUCCAGUAUUCCUUAUUCUUCCAAAGUCGGACUUAUAGAGAGUCUCUUCGCUUUCAUCGCGGAACAGAUCAUGAAACUAGAUCGACCGGACGUGAUGCUGGAUCGUCCGUGUGGAUGCAGAGUCUCUAGAGCACAGAUUGCACAGUAGAAGAAGACGAGUAGUUGAAGUCAACGUUAUGGAUGACUAUCAGAGAUGAUGUAUAAUUGAUGGAGGAAAAUUUCUUUUAAUUAUGUGGUUUAGCUGCGUUUGGAGUUGGCGAAAUUGUCACCGAUCGAUCCCACACUUUGUGAGAAAGAUAUCUAGUGUAAUGAUUUGUAAGGUGCAUUAACUGAGAUUCGAGAUGAAAGCCUUGCUCUACAUGACUUUAUAUAGAUGUAUUUUAAAACUCGUGGCAAUUGAUAAAAUGACCUGAUCGUUUUUCUAAUCUCCACUAUACCAUCGAAACUAACUCAAUGGACAUGCCAAUGCAUUGAAAUUCAUUUUCCACCUGGAACGCUGCUAACGACGUGAUUAAUCGCCCAAGUAGGCGCCUUACAGAGGCGGUAACCAUCUCGGAAUCGAUUCUCUCACUUUCUCGGCAUCUCGACCUUGAGCUGUAAGAGGGAUGUUGAUACCGAUAGAGCAUAGCAUUUAUUGGUGUAUUUCUUAACAUCACAAAUAGCUCUAAUUUAUUGGAAAAUGACAAUUUAAUCUAUAAAGGAAACAGGAUGUUGCCGAAAUCAUCAAGUACUGAAGCGUAUACUUUUUAUGGAUUUCGCAAGUCUGGGAAAACUGGUGAAACUCGAAGCGCUCCGGAUCAUUUCACCGGUGCGAAGAGCAAAAGUGGAAUGUCAAUGAUCGUAUCUAAGUACUCAGCAGCAACAGUAGUGAGAGAUAGAAAAAGAGAAAGAAAAAUAGUUGGCAAAUGUCUGAGGCGUCGUACAGAGCGGAAAAGGCUCUGACCAGUAGUACGGGCAUCUCUCAGGCGUUGUCUUGUUCAGCAGAAACCUGGGGGAAAAACUCUCAGAGAUUGGAGACAUGAGGGGACUACCAUGACGAGUGAAAGUAUCAGCCACGCGCCCUGUCUGAAUAUACUCCAGAGCGGGGACUUACGCACCAAGACUAUGAUGCGGAUGUAGACUCAAGGAGUUGCUGAAACGGUGAUUGGAACUGAUUGACGAUGAAAGAGAUCAAUUCUCGAGGGAAGAGUGUUGCGAAUUGUACAGGAAGCAUUAUGGUGAUCGAGUUCUGAAAAAAACUCUGGGUGAGUAGUAAUAAGUGUAAUGAGUGGAUAUCUCAGCACUAGCACUCUGUCCCCUUUCGAGCACAGUCCAAAGUAUCCUCCAGCCGCCAUGCGGGAAAAAGACUCGAGCCCCAGGAAAAUGCCAGGACACAUUAGCCCAAAACAAGCAAGCAUAUAUCCACUAAGUGUACGAGUACCAGAUGUUGAAGAACUGCCAUAUGAUUUAAGCCAUGCAAAUAGUCGAAGCAGUCCAAUCAUGAGUCACCACCAACCACAUAUGAGUCCAGCCGCAAGACCGCCUCAGUCUCAACAUGAACAAGAAGUCGACUGUGAACCUUUAGACCUACGGGUCGACCAUAAAAAAGAGCAUCUACGUGACGAGAACCAGAAUGAUAUUGAAGCACUUAAUCAAAAUGGUCUAGGACUUCCCUAUCACACGGUUCUCUUUCCCCAACAUCAUGCUGUUCAUCCACUUGUUUUGGAGGCCAUGUAUCGAUCUCAUCAUCAUUCACCCAUCACAGAACUUCCAAAAAUUCAAGUCCGUGCCUUACCCACUAUGGUCCCUUUACCUUCCAAUCGUUUUUCAUCAACAUCAGCCACAUCAGUUCAAGCUCAACGAUCUUCAAGUCCCACUGUAAGCCAACAACAAAGUCAAUCAACCACAAGUCAAGCCAAUCUCCAACAGACCUCUAAUCUUCCGUAUUCUGUCAACGUAUCAUCAGGAUUGAAGCCUAAAGAUCGUUAUUCCUGUAAAUUCUGUGGAAAAGUAUUUCCAAGAUCAGCCAAUCUUACGAGGCAUCUUCGAACUCAUACUGGAGAACAACCAUACAAAUGCAAAUACUGUGAAAGAUCUUUCAGUAUCUCCAGCAAUCUUCAAAGACACGUCAGAAAUAUCCAUAAUAAAGAAAAACCGUUCAAGUGUCCACUUUGUGAACGAUGCUUUGGACAACAAACUAACUUAGACCGACAUUUGAAGAAGCACGAUGCUGAUGGUCCAACGAUAUUAGAUGAAGUUCGUUCUCGUUACCAUGGACAAUUACCUAGAGCUGAUGAAUCUUAUUUUGAAGAAAUUCGUAGUUUCAUGGGAAAAAUAACUUCACAAAGACAAGGAAUGUCUUAUUUUCCUAGUUUACUUGCACCUACUGGUGAUGAUUUCAGGCAUGAUAAGCAACAACAUCUUGAAGACAAACGAGAUUCUUCUUAUUUUAGUGAUCGGGAUAAUCUCAGCUCUAGGUCAAGUAGCAGCACCAGUAGAGCAGAAAGCGUUCAUGAAGAUCAAAGAGAAUCAUCACCUCCUUUAUCAUCAGGCAAUAAUACCUGAGUGUUGAUACUCACUUGUUGUUGUAAUUGAAACAUUGGAGAAAUAUGAAAAGUGUUGAAAGCUCUUCAUUGAAGACGUGAUUUUGAAUCAAUGUUAAUUAUUUAAUAAAUAAUAAUACAAUCAGACGGGAAAUCUGCAAUUAAUAUAUUUAGAAAAUUAAUUAACAGCCUAGACUUGGAUAUAUAUAUUUUUUUAAAUAUAAGAUACAAUUGUUGCCAAGCGUAUUCAAAUAAUUUAUCUUAUUGCUUUAAUUGUUAUUAGAAGGUAUUUAAAAGAGAUAUAAAUGAAAUUUUAAAGAUAUAAAUACAUAGAAAAAUUGAUAGAGAAAGUGAGGAAUAGUAAAAAUAAUUAAAAAAAGAGAAACCAAAAAACAUGGUUUGAUAUAUUUUGUAUGCAAUAAUUACAUUGUUUUCAUCUUUUCACCUAACUCGAUCUCUUGUGACUGAAAAAGACUGGCCGCACCCGUCGUGUAUAGAACAGAUAGAGCAGCUAUCUGACACGGUAUUUUAUAGGAAAUAAAGUGAAGAAAAAUAUCGCGACAUGAUGGAUAAAAAAAAUAGGUGGAUUCGUUCCGUCAGGAAGUGUGCCUUAGCUUUGGAUUUUAUAGCCUAGAAAGUGAAUUUAAUACAUAAAGAGGCUGGACAUGGUUGCUCAUGAUGUUCAAUUCGGACGUGCAGUUGAAACAAACCACUUACACGUUGUAUACUUCUGCUGAUCACGUCGAUAAACUCUGGCGGUGAAAAGGAUUAGAAAUCGAUGGGCGUAUCUCGACACUUUUGAUCGAAUGAUUUGAGCAUGAAAAAAAAAGAAAUAAAAUAAUCGCUCAAGUAACGACAUAUAAAUGAUAAUUCAAAAGUGAAGAAGCUUGCAAAUGUAAAUAUAAGAAGAUUGAAAGCGUCACAUGUCAAUGUCUUUCAAUCGACUGUCUACAAUGAAGCAAGCAUGUAUUUAAUCGAAUCGAAGGUAGCGUGUUUCCGUGAUGAAAAAGUUAAAUUACGAAGAGCUAAAAAAGAGCAAUAAUUUCUUACAUGUAUCCAAGACAGAGGAAAUGGCGUGAUCGUGGGAAGAAGGAUGAACGUGCCUACAGAUAUUGCAGUGUAUUUGAGUAGUAGCUAUUCAGAAUUCAAGACUAUAUGAGAAAAGGAGAAAGAUGGAAAUUGUAACGGAAUUUGCGCUCCCGGUGAACGCAGCAUCCGAACCUACUUAUAUACACGAACGUGGCAAUCGUGCGUUUCCUCUCUUGUAAAUGUAUAUUUCACUACAAGUCCGGUGUGCAAACUCUCUAUGACGGAGAUGGACAAUUUAAUCGGAGCUAUCUAAACCUCAUCCGCUGUUGCUGCUGCUGCUGGACAACCCUUCUCUAUAUGUAUAUGUUUAUAUCAUACGAGUUGAAUACAGCAAAUCUUACUUUCUAAAGAGAAGCUCCGAUUGAAAGCUACGAGUUCUCUGGGGGCCUUUACCAGCCUUACACCAAGGGAGCGUUAAUAACGAUUCAUUGCUGUGACUAAGCGUGAUAUCGAGCAGCAAUCAAGUAACUGCCUCCAGCAUCCAUCUCUUCACGCCGCUCUUCAUUUCUUAUACAUAGCUAUAUGUACGUGAUCAUAUAUAUAUAAACGACGCAAACGUUGAAAGUCUUAUGGCCUCAGUCUUGCGUUACAGUUUUGCCACGCCCCGAUCAGACGGCGUGGCAGCUCAUCUCGCGAAAGUGAAACGCAAUAAAGGAGCCGCAAGGGAGAGCAGCCACCAGAGAAGAGAAACACCAUGCGAUUCAUCUACACGAUUAUAACUUCAACGCACAAAUUGUUUCUUCAUAUACAUCCCCUCAAGUCAUCUUUCUUCUUUAUCUCUUCAAUCACUAUCUGUUACUGUACUAUUUCUCUUCACUGCAAUCCAAUUCUUUUACUUACAUCCUCACCAACCACGAUCCUGUAUCCUCAUUUCUACUACAUCUUACAUAUGUGUAUAAUCUCAUGAACUACACUUUACCAUCACCUAAUCAGGGAAUUAUAUCACGUUUCGGCAGGUCCGCAAUUUUUGAUAAAUUUCGCUCUAGUUUCUCUUGAUUUCACCAUCUACUAAACUAUCGCAGCAACAUAUUUAAAGACAUUCAUUCUUGCUAUUUUUUUUUUCUUCAUAUUUUUUGUUCUUCUUGUUAAAUUACUUUUUUUAUUUUGUAUUUUAUUGAAUAAGCUGCACGUACCUAAAUAAAGUUUGAGUGUAUCAUACGUGAUGAAAAUGAUCAGUUCUGAUUUAUGAUCGUUUGUAAAUAAUUUAAUAAAUAGGACAAUAUUAUUAUGUUAUUAUUAUUAUUAAUAUUAUUAUUGUUUGAGUAAUAUAUAUAUAAAAAAAAUUUAAUAUGUUAUAAAUUCAUACGAGAAUAUGAAAAGAAGAAAAAUUUUUAAUAUAUAAUUUAAAUUUGAAAAUCUACAUUAUACAUACAUGACUUGUUGUAGACAGGUAGAUUUUGUAUUGAUAUGAGGCUCAAUUUAGUUAGAAUGGAAUUUUAUCCAGUGUAUUAUUUGUUUUUUAACCUGUAAAUAGAUGAUAAAAAUUAAGUCAUAUAACGAAUAUCAUGUGAAUAUGAUGUAAAAAUUAUGCUCAUUAAUGAAUCUCUAAUACUUAAUGAACCCACUCGAAUAGUAGUUUCUUUUUAUAAAUUAAUUUCACUUGAUAUUCGUCGAAAAAUAUAUUCAUUUGAUCCGCUGCCAUUGCCAAGCUCAUUUCUCUCGGGUACUCUCUUGAAAAUACUUAAAAAAAUAUUACAAAGCAUCCCAAGUAUUUAUCAAAGCAAAUGAAGAAUUGGUAAAGCAAUGUAAUAUUUUUUCAAGGCUAUUCUUUGAUUUUCGUUACGUAAGUUGAAAUGAAAGACGUCAAAGGGAACCCACCGGAAAAAAAAUAAACCCACGUGAAAAAAAAAAUUGUUUUGAUUCCAUGCCCGAGUGACUUGAUCAUCUUUGAUUCAUCCCAUAUCAACCUGAUCAAAGAAGACUCGACUUUCGAAAUCGAGCGCCUAAUAGUUGACGCCAAAGUCAUUUCACUCUUCAUUGCGCGGUGGUAAAUAUAGUAAUAGAUAAGCUCACUUUAUAAAACCUUUUUUUGUUUUUUUUAAUUUUAAACAACUAAAUAAUAAAUUUUUCAAAUGUCGUUUUUCCCACAUAGAAAUAAAAUACAAUCUAUAGAUUUCCUAAAUCAGAAUUUUAGUUUUACAAUGAUUGUGAUUUUAUCGAGGUUACCGAUUUAUACGUAAAGAUAAUUAUAAAAUAAUAGUAUCGAAGAACAGCCUAUAUGAUUUAAUAAGACUCAAGGUAUGUUUUUCACAUGUAUUUCAAGUUUAAAUAGUUUAAUGUCAGAAAAAAAGCACAAAGCAAUGACAUAAAAGUCAUUUUAUAAGUUAUAAUGUUAUUGAUAAAUGAUGUUAAUUGAUUAAUUGAAAGAUUAGACAAUAAUUUUUGGGACCAAAUGAAUAUUUUUUAUUAAAUCA